AUGGUAAACUGGAACUAUUAUCGUCAAUGUAGACGACGAUAUUUUCGUUUAACAAGUCCUUUUAUUAUUGGAUUUUUUAUAAUUGUUUUCUAUACUGAAUUUUUAGCAUUUCGAGCUGGUCAAUAUAAUACAGAAAUAAAUGAAGUUAAAUAUUAUGUUCCAAUUACAAACAAAUCAUUGAAUUAUUCGGAUGGUAAACUAUUAAAAUCUACGAAAAGAAAAUCAUUGAAUCCUACAGAAGAAAAACAAACUUAUACUUAUGAAAAUUUUACUCAAUCAAAUCAAUCAUUAUGUAGUAUUCAAUCAAAUCUUCGUGGACCACAUCAAAAAGUAAUUAGUAUUUCAGUUUAUGGAUCAACAGAAAACUAUACUGAUAAUGCAAUGUUUUCAUGGGAAACAACUAUAUUUCCAUUUUUAAUACCACUUGCAAAUGAAGCUAAAUUAUUUCUUCCAUCAUGGAUUAUUCGUCUUUAUAUUGAUUUUACUGGUAGUACAAAAAUGCAACAAGAUUUUCUACAUAAUUUUUCAAAUAUUGAUAUAUGUGAUAUGCACAAUAUACCUAUGUUUGGUUCAUCAUUAAUUUCAAAUUUACCAAAAAGAAUGUGGCGUUUUUUACCAAUAUUUGAUCCAUUUGUUGAUUAUUUUCUUUCACGUGAUCUUGAUUCACCUAUUAUGAAACGUGAUACUGAAACGGUUGAUAUGUGGCUAUUAGAUGAACAGAGAAAAUAUUUCUUUCAUAUGUCACGUGAUCAUAAACACCAUAAUGUACCUAUAUUAGCUGGACUUUGGGGUGCAGCACCUAUACGUGCACGUCAUUAUUUAUUUCAUCUUUUUCGACCUAUGCUUGUACCAUCUAUUGCUCUUCAAUUUACCUAUACAGGUGGUGAUCAAGAAUUUCUUGCAGAUCUUAUUUGGAGAAAUAUUAAAACACAUUCAUUGACGUUCGAUAGUUAUAGUUGUCGUAAACUUGGUGGUCGAUCAUUUCUUUCUCAACGACCAUUAGCUGAUAAUUGUUUUCUUGGAUGUAUAAGACCAUGUUGUACCAACAUAACUUCUCUUGAAAUCUAUAAGCGAAAAUAUCUUUGUCCAUUCGCUUGUCGACCGAAAAAUCAUCGAGCUUGGAUUUAUUGUUAA